GAACAUGCUGUGUUUUGCUGCUGUCUUAUGCAGGCUGUAUGCUGAAUGGAAAACUGUAUCCCUUUGGGCACAUUGAGAGGACAGAGGAGUGCUACAGAUGCAACUGCAGUGAACGUGGAAUGGAUUGCUGUGCCCUGUCAUUUUGCAGAAACUUCAUUGGUGCUGGAUAUGCACGGUCAGUUUGCUCAAGGGCUGUUACCACAAAUUCCUUCUCUAUAUAAAGUCUCUGAGAAGAUGAGCUUUGCACCAGCCAUCUCCUUACUGGAAGUCUCAUAAUUCUGCAAGGAUGAACACCAUCGUGGCCUGCCUUCUCGCUCUUGCCAUCAGCAUGCCAUUGUCUGAUGCUUCUUGUGCCCUUAUGCCAUUCAAGCCAGGGAUGUCCAAUGGUGUGGUUGUAGGCUGCCUUGAUGAGGAAGAGGAAGGAAAGGUCCAUGAAUUUGGUUCCAGAUGGAGGACCGAGAACUGCAAUGAUUGCUCCUGUUCCAGGGAUGGAAUUGGCUGUUGCACUAGCUAUAUGAGACCAGUCGACUAUGAUGAAGAGAAAUGUGAAAGCAUUUUCAACAAGGACACUUGCUCUUAUAAAGUGGUGGAGAAGGAUGAUCACUCAAAAGAAUGCCCAGUCCAUUCAUGGGUGGGGUAACAGAAGAAUGGUGGACUGGGGGCAUAUUUCCUUUUAUUAUUUUAAUGGUUCUCUCUCACAAAUUCAAAGACACUUAAAAUGCAGCUGUUGAGGGAAAUCUACUCAUAAAACCCAACAUAUAAUGAAACUGAGUAUCUACUCACAAAAAUAUCCCUUGGUUUCUCUGCCUUAUGCUUCACCGUGAACAAAGAGCUGACUUGUUCCUUCCUUGAGGUCAGAUAUUAAAGGUGACAUUUUAAAGCAUCCUUAGCAGCUGCUAAUCUGUAUUCUUCUCUGGUCAUGUUUCAGUGCCAAGGAACAUAUUCUAUAAUCUGUGCACAGUUGUAUCUUAAAGCUAAAAUAAAAUUAAAUAAAGCAUCAGAAAUUCAUGUAACUUA